GGGCCGCGGCGGACAGCGCAGCCCUUUGCGCCGGCCCCACCCUGCCUGUGCUCGCUCCCUCCCCAGCGCCUAGAGCGGAUGGCGGAAGCCAGCAAGAGCCCCGCGUUGUCCCCGGACCAGCCAGCGGGCCAGGAGGCAGUGGCAGCGGAGGCUCUGGACCCCGAGCCCGAGGCUCCCGGCCCACCCGCGCCUGCCCUGCGCUGGCUUCCCGGGGACCUGAGUCCCCGCGGCCGCUCCCAGAGCGACCUGUCGUCGGCCUCGAGCCGGGGCCGCCCGCUCAGAGUCCAUAUCUCCGGUUCAGUUGAUGGACUAGACAAAGCCUCCAUAGCAAAUUCAGAUGGCCCCCCGGCAGGUUCCCAGACACCUCCCUUCAAGAGAAAGGGGAAACUCUCCACCAUUGGCAAAAUCUUCAAGCCUUGGAAAUGGAGGAAAAAGAAGACCAGUGACAAAUUUAGAGAGACGUCAGCAGUAUUAGAGAGGAAGAUAUCCACCAGACAAAGCAGAGAGGAGCUGAUAAGAAGGGGCCUGCUUAAGGAAUUGCCUGAUCAAGAUGGAGAUGUAACAGUUAACUUUGAAAAUUCAAACGGGCACAUGAUACACAUCGGAGAGGAGUCUACCCAAGAGGAGGAUGUAGGGAAACCUGAAGAAGGGAAUGGCUCUGUGUGGGACAAAACACCACCUCGGGAGGAAAAGGCAGAAGAUAAGAAAGAGAACACUGAAAUCCACCCUGAAACACUGGCUGCUCCUGCUCUACCUCCUACAGAUCCUCCUAAACCUAAACCCAAACCUAAACCAAAAAAGUCUCCUGUCCCUCCCAAAGGGGCCACUGCUGGGGCCAGCCACAAAGGGGAUGAAGUGCCUCCUAGUAGAAAAACUGUCAAGGCUCCCAGUAAGCAGGCCCCCACCCCUCCACCCAAGCCAACAAGCCGAAACACAACCCGGGAGGCUGCUGGUUCUUCUCAUCCGAAGAAAACAACUGGCUUAAAAGCAUCAGCAUCACCGUCCACUUCUUCCACCUCUUCUCGUCCCAAAGCGUCCAAGGAGUCACUUGCUAGCAAAGCAGGCGCAGUGGGCACCACAAGGGGCAAGAAAAAACUUGGCAAGCAGCCGGCGACAUCCCGACUGUCCUCAGACACAACCACUUCUGACACACCUGGUCUUAAAGGAGAGCCCUCAGACACUGGGGUAGAGAGUCCCAAGCCAGAGGAGGCUGUGGCUGCAGCAGCGGAGCAGGCCACAGGCAAACCCAAGGCUGUUGUCCCUCCACCGAUGGUGGCAGCACCAGCUUCCCCACCUGCCCUUCUUCUGCCCCUGGACAAUGAGUGCGUUGCUGCCUUGGACACCCCCAUGGUCCUGGUCAGUGAUGGACCUAGCCUGCCCGUCUCUGCCUUAGACCCAAGUCAGCUCCUUUGGACUGAAGAGCCGAUCGACAGGACCACUCCACGCUCAAGCGCUGGCUUAAGCGGCGGUAAAGAACACGCAAAAUGUUUUACAACCAAAGAUGAGCUGGGAAAGGCUGGACCUCAGCUGCUGACCCCUGGGCAGAUGGGAGAUUCUUCAGAGUCCUUCAGUGCCCCAGAGGAUGAGGCCCCAAGAGAGUACCAAGGCAACGACUCUGACUCAGAUGGGCCCAUCUUGUACACCGAUGAUGAUGAGGAAGAGGACGAUGAUGAUGAUGGCAGUGGAGAAAGUGCAUUGGCAAGUAAGAUACGACGAAGGGACACUCUUGCCAUCAAACUUGGCAACAGACCAUCCAAGAAAGAACUGGAGGAUAAAAACAUCCUGCAGAGAACCUCUGAAGAAGAGAGGCAGGAGAUACGACAGCAGAUUGGGACCAAGCUGGUCAGGAGACUCAGCCAGAGGCCAACAACUGAAGAAUUAGAGCAAAGAAACAUCUUAAAACAAAAGAAUGAAGAAGAGGAGCAAGAAGCAAAAAUGGAACUCAAGCGGAGACUCAGCAGGAAGCUCAGUCUAAGACCUACUGUGGCAGAGCUACAGGCCAGAAGAAUCCUGCGGUUUAAUGAGUACGUAGAAGUGACAGAUUCUCCUGACUAUGACCGCCGAGCAGACAAGCCCUGGGCCAGGUUGACACCUGCAGACAAGGCAGCAAUAAGAAAAGAACUAAAUGAAUUUAAAAGCACAGAAAUGGAAGUUCAUGAGGAGAGUCGGCAGUUUACAAGGUAG